CAAACAGAGAAGCAAGCAUCAUGUGAAUAACGAACAACAAUCAUUGACCACAAGCAAAGAGAGUAACACACAAGACCAGGACGCACGCCGCUAAUCGCGAGUUCCUCCCAAACCGACCAACAUGCCGCUUCUGUCGAUUGAACCGCCGUUGCUCAACAGCGCCAAUCCGUGGUGCAGCACACGAGAGGACCUCGAAGCCCUCUACCUAUGCCCCAACACGGGUGCUGUGACGACAAGGACGAGUCUACUUCACGGCUUCCCACACGAUGACUCGAUACACCAACAUGCCUUCUUCUCUACGCAAUCGCAAACCUCGACGACAGCACCCGAUUACACCAUCAGUGGGAAAGAGUACCCAGCCAGUCUCAACACAUUAGGCUAUUCGCCCACUCCGCUAGACACCUAUCUCACCUGGAUCGAGCAAAUAGUCACUGCAUCGCCGAAUGAAAAACCCAAGCCUUUCGUCGUAUCAGUUACGGGCUCGCCGCAACAUGUCGCAGAAUGCUACACCCGAGUCGCUGCCCUUGCUGCCCGUUUACACAUACCGCUCGCAGUGGAGGUCAACCUCAGCUGUCCGAACAUCGCAAACAAGCCACCACCAGCAUAUUCCCGUGACGCGCUGAAAGAGUAUUUGGAUGCAUUGAAGGACAUACCACGCACAGUGCCACUAGGCCUGAAGACACCCCCGUAUACCUACGCCGGUCAAUUCAAGACGCUGAUAGAUACGUUGCGUGGGGCUGAGACGCAAAUCGACUUUCUUACUGCCACGAACACACUGGGAUCUUGCCUUGUGCUUGGAAACGAGGGAGCUCGUCAGUAUCAACCAUUGCUUCCAUCAGCAGCAGGUACGGGUAUUGGUGGACUUGCAGGCGAGCCUUUGCACCCACUUGCUCUCGGAAAUGUCGCGACACUGCGCCAAAUGCUUAAUGAACAUGCAGGACUGCAUGACAUCGACAUCAUUGGUGUCGGCGGCGUUAGCGAUGCGGCUGGUUUCGCACGCAUGCGAGCAGUAGGUGCAAAGGUCGUGGCUGUAGGCACAGCUCUAGGCAGAGAAGGGCUACCAGUAUUCGCCAAGAUACUGCAAGGCCCAAAGACCUCCAAGUUGUGAACAUGGGUAAACGACAGUAUGCAAUUUCGCUAAUGAUAAUAAUAUGCCCAAUCCUUUUGAUCCUCUAUGCAAUGUACGCCAUCAGGUUAUGUAAUAAUUCACAGGUAGCUUAGGUGAAGACAUCGGUCGCGAAUCUGACGUUGCGGAUGCCCUCGAACCACUCCUCAGCUUCCUUCUCAGUCUUGUCCUUGCCAAGAUCCUUCGCCUUUUCCAUGUAAAUCUUCUGGCAAACUUGCUGUACACUGCGCUCAAGGCCACGGCUACCACAGACGUAAACUCUGCUGCCGGCAUCCCAAAGCUCGAGAGCUUCCUUACGGUGCUCCCACAAGGCGUCCUGUGCAUACUUUGAUCCUCCGCUGGCG